AUGCUCUCCGUCGACUCCGCGCCCGCCCCCGAGGCAGCAGUCAAUGACCAGCAGCUCCCCGACCUCAGAAAGCUCACCGUCUCCGAGCCCACCCCCGUCACCGUAGAAACCAUACCCGCCAUAAGCGGGGAGCCUCCAGCCCCCACAGCCGCCCCAAUCGCCACAGCACACGUCCACCCCGACGGGCCCAAAGUGUCCGCGCCCUUCCAAUUCGGCUCGCGCCUGCUGCUCUCCGAAGACGAAGUCUUCACCUUCAACGCCUGGGACCACGUCGAGACAGACCCAGCCUACAAAGCGUACAGCGCCGCGCAGUACGCCAGCCAGCGGAGCAAGCCCGUCAGCGCGAGCGACAAGAAGCGCUUCAUGAGCGACCCGGCAAAGUGGUGGGACCUCUUCUACAAGAACAACAAGGAGAAUUUCUUCAAGGACCGCAAGUGGCUGCAGCAGGAGUUCCCGAUCCUGGCGGAGGCGACGCGCGAGGGCGCAGGGGACGUGGUGAUGGUGGAGCUGGGUGCGAAGGCCGUGGAGGUGGUGAGGGCGCAGCCGCUGUAUAAGGAGCAUGUGGAGAGAGGGAGGGUUAGGGCGGAGGUGUAUGAUUUGUCGGAGCCGGAUACGCUGCCGGUGGGUGUGGAGGAGGGGACGGUGGAUGUGGUGAUUAUGGUGUUUGUGUUUUCUGCGUUGGCGCCGGAGCAGUGGAGUGCGGCGCUGGGGAAUGUUCGACGGAUGCUGAAGAAGGGCGGUAAGGUUCUGUUUAGGGACUAUGGCAGAGGCGACUUGGCCCAGGUCAGGUUCAAGGCAGGAAGGUAUCUCGACGAGAACUUCUAUGUCAGAGGUGACGGGACGAGGGUGUACUUUUUUGAGCAGUGGGAGCUCAGGAAGAUAUUCACCGGCGAGGUAGGAGAGACCGAGGAGGUCAACUACAAGACUGAGAACGGGGAAAUAAAAGAGAGGGAGAAGAAGCCUGUGGUCGAGGAGCAGGUGCCGCAGGAGGAAGAAGAGACGCAGGAGGAGCCAAUCACAACGGUAGAGAAGACCAAGGAGGAGCAGCAGCAAACGUUCCCGGAAGGCGAUUUUGGCGGCUUCGUGGCAAGGGAGAUGGGCGUGGAUAGACGUCUGCUUGUAAACCGAAAACGACAGCUGAAGAUGUAUCGGUGCUGGAUGCAGGCGGUUUUCGAGAAGCUUUAG